GGACGUCGAAGAAGCACGGGAGACGCAGACGGUGGUGGGCAGAGAGAGCGACGGCUCCGGGCCGGCACAAGCGAAGUGAGAUGCACCCUUAUCGCUCUCAAUCGUCCGUGCAGUUUCUACCGGGGUGCCCCGACGCUCCUCGCCAACCGGGACGCGGCCUCGACGACUAGCAACGAUAGCGGCGAUACAGGACCGGUGAACGCUCGCCCCGAGAGAGCCUGACACGCCAAGCAUCAGCGGAGGGAUAAGAUUCGAGAAUGGGGGGCGGAGAAUGGAGCGGCUGGUUGCAACGAUGCCGGGAAUCCCGCAGGCUCGUUCUCAUCAUCGUUGCUAUCGCGCUGCUGUUGGAUAAUAUGUUGCUGACGACUGUGGUUCCAAUAAUACCGGAAUUCCUCUACGAUAUCAAACAUCCUAACGCAACGCUAAGUGAACACCUGGAAGGAAGCGCAUCUCGUCGAACUACAGUCGCCACUGCCGUCUCGCCGACAACUACAACGACAGAAACGACAAUGUCAACAACACCAAAAUGUCCUUGCACCCCGAAUAUAUCGGUUCCUACUGGAUUUCGACCCCCCACCACCCCCGCUAUGGACGUGGAAAUUUCAGGAAUUACAGUAAUUUCAGAAAUUAAUACGGCUAAUCUCACGUUGUCGGAAAUAAAGGAAAUAAAGGAAAAGGAGCAAAGACACCGGGAAUUAUUGGAGGAAACCGUGGCAGUAGGAAUGAUGUUCGCUUCUAAGGCCUUUGUCCAAUUGUUAGCUAAUCCUAUAGUUGGGCCAUUGACCCACAAGAUUGGUUAUAGCAUACCUAUGUUUACUGGAUUCAUCAUCAUGUUUUUAUCUACGCUGAUUUUCGCUUUCGGACGAAGCUACGGUAUACUUUUCUUAGCGCGAGCUCUCCAAGGUAUCGGUUCGUCGUGUUCUAGUGUUUCCGGAAUGGGCAUGUUGGCAGAAAGAUAUCAAGAUGAUAAAGAACGCGGUAAUGCCAUGGGAAUCGCGCUGGGUGGCUUGGCUCUUGGAGUUCUCAUCGGCCCUCCGUUUGGUGGAGUUAUGUACGAAUUUGUUGGAAAGUCUGCCCCGUUUUUAGUCCUUUCUGCAUUGGCUCUCGGUGAUGGAUUAUUGCAGCUUCUGAUGCUUCAACCGUCAGUCGUCUACACGGAAGCGGAACCGCCGUCGUUGAAAUCUCUAAUCACCGAUCCAUACAUCGUUUUGGCCGCCGGCGCAAUCACGUUCGCGAAUAUGGGUAUCGCUAUGUUGGAACCGAGCCUGCCGAUUUGGAUGAUGGACACGAUGGGCGCGAGUCGUUGGAAACAGGGAGCGACAUUCCUACCGGCCAGUAUAAGCUACCUAAUCGGCACGAACCUUUUCGGACCCUUGGGACAUAAAAUGGGCAGAUGGUUAGCGUCGCUGAUAGGACUCGUCGUUAUUGGUCUCUGCUUGAUGUGCAUUCCAUUGGCAAAAAGUAUCGACCAUUUGAUUAUACCAAAUGCGGGUCUGGGAUUUGCUAUUGGUAUGGUGGACAGUUCAAUGAUGCCCGAGCUGGGUUAUCUAGUGGACAUACGACACACCGCUGUUUACGGAAGCGUUUAUGCUAUCGGCGACGUGGCAUUUUGUUUGGGCUUUGCUAUAGGUCCCGCAUUGAGCGGAACUUUGGUCAACACUAUUGGUUUCGAAUGGAUGCUUUUCGGAAUAGCUAUAUUAAAUUUCAUUUAUGCGCCUCUCAUGUACUUCUUGAAAGCGCCACCGACCAAAGAAGAGAAAAAGUCAUUGAUAAUCGGCGAAAAAUCGUCUGUGCGAUACGUCACGUACCAGAACGAGGAAGAGGACCAAUAAACAGCGAUUCUAAACGUUUCUGAUACACUUCUGUUUGAUUUAGAGCGAAUUUAUUAUUCGUUCCUUCUUUCUUUUGUUAAAAAAGGAAGUACGAAUAAUAAAUUGUAAUUGAACGAAUAAUAAAUGUUAAUCUCUAUAUAUAUUUUUUUAAUUUUUCCACAACAAUAUGUUAAAGAAAUCUCUGAAAAAGAAGGAAUCUCUCAAUAUUCUCACUUUCUGAUUCGAAUUUCAAUUUUAGUUUAUUUUAUUAAAAUUAUUUAAUCUUAUUAGAAUUACACAAUAACUUAUUUCUCUUUCAUUUAAUAUUAUCGACAUGUGAAUAUCUAUACUUUAAGUUCCAUAAAUGAUAAGGAGUUACAAACAUCGACAAUAAGCGCAACCGUUGACAUGCACCUGAUAACAUUUGGAAAAAUUACACGUAAAUGUAAAAUUAUUUGUAACCGAGUAACGUUUUCACGAAUAGUUUGUCGCCACCACCGGCGAGAGAAAUGCGGACGAUCUCAUACAAAAAUAGACUCGAAGAAGUCGCACAACACCACGCUUGGUAUUUAUAAAAAUGAUAUAUUCUAUAUAAGCACACAGUUCUGCACACGUUCGGAGGCAGCCUCGAGAGAUCUCAUACAUUCUCGAGUUCGUAUAAGUUCACAAGAUAAGUCCUGGAUAUAUUAUAGAGUGUAUGUCUGUGUACUGUAUGUAAUAGACAAAUAGAUCAAAAGAGCGACCUAGGAAGUCGCGGGACAGAAGAAAAAAAAAGAAUCUUAUUAUAUCGUAGUGUGCGAUGGAUAGAUAUAUAUAUCCACAUUAAAUCGUGUCUCGAUGACACGUAAUAAUAAGAAGAGAACAAAUACGACGUGAAAGUUGCUAUUAAGCGCAAAAGCUUUUAGGUUUCCAUAACUCUAACGCGUCCUGGACACAAAGGGCGAAAUUGACCGGGGAAUACGAGAAGUCGGCGGUUCGCCCUUUGUAUGCGAAACGCCUCUAAAGCCCUCACAGGAUACGGCGGAGGGACUCAACGUAUGAGAGAAAAUAAGAAAAACACAAACAAAAAAAAAAGAAAUAAAUCCAAAAAAACGGACGCAAAAGACCGAAGUCAUAACUCUGCGCCCGAAGAAAUUACAGCAUCGAAGGAUUACACGUAAUAUUAAGUAUAUUAGAGAUAAGAUUGUUUCACAAAUAAGGAUUAUAUCGACGUGUGAGCGGGAGGAGAGAACAAAUCGCGACGGAAUCGCGCGUUCGGUAAAUUGCAUGAAAACGCCCGGCUGGUUCCUCAAGGUGACGAAGAAACAUUGCGAUAAAUUCAGUCUCUUGCUUCCUGAAGAACCGCCUGAUUUGGUUUCCCUGAAUGGCUGCAGGGAAACCGGCGAAAAACGCGACGGUCGGGUGUCAUGAAGAGUUCUUCGUAGCUUUACAUAUGGAAAUCGAAUGCACUCUCCUUUCACGUCGCGAAAACGGCGACGUUUCUCUCACGCGAGGCACCCCGGCGCGUGCGACUUACCGAGAACUCGCAAGAAAAAAAAAGAGAGAGAGAGAGAGAAAGAGAGCAAGCCGUGAAAAAGCGGUUCGAGCUUACGCAAGCGGGCGCAAAUUCCGGCGUUUCUCCAAAAGAGAUUCUUCAACGUUAAUCUUUGUUUCUCCCCGAUCGCGUUCCUCACACAUCCCGGAAGAAUUCGCGGAGAACGCCGUGAGAUUUGUCGCGACAGAGAAUAAUAUUUAAGCUUAUUAAAGAAAAAUAGAAAGAAAAAGAAUACAGAAAAUAGGAAGAAAAAAAAAUGAAUGGACGGAGUACACGAAGCGUUCGCGGGAUUUGCGAAUUAUAUGAUAAACUCUAUGAGGAUUCGCCGCGGGAAACUCUAGCUGUGAUGAUUUAUUUGUUGCCAAGACAGAGAGAAAGAGAGAGAGAGAGAGAAAGAGAGAGAGAGACCGGACCCCGCGAAAAUAGAACGUUCGUAGAAGCAAUAUAGAAAAUAGCGUAGCUUAACGUUACUCCCGAGCGUAUACUUAUAUACGCGUUCUAUCUACGUGUCAUUCUAUCUAUGUGAUGUAUCUUCGUGUAGAUGCGAUUGCUCGGAAAAAAAAGAAAAAAAAAAAAAGAAAUUGUCGUGUAUUUAUUACAUAUCGGCGCAUCUCGUUGUUGUGUGUACGACCGAGUUAUACCUUGUACGUAGAAGCGAGCCGAGUAAACACCUGUUGAGAUCCUAAGCUACCAGGCCACUUUCACCGGAGACACUUGCCAAGGCGAUGAUCCAAUUGUAGUGAUUGCACGUAAAAGACGUGCGCGAUUAGAGCAUGUAGCGCGUUCGCUUACGCAGUGUUAAAGAGCAGAUUAUAAGCAGCGUUACAUCAUAAUAUCUCUAGAAAGAUAUAUAUAUAUAUACAAACAUAUAAAAUAUAUAUAUAUAUAUAUAUAUAUAUAUAUAUAUAUAUAUAUAUAUACAUAUAUAUAGUUAUGAUCAGAAGUUGCACGCGGACAAUUUGGAGUUAUAUGUUGGUGUCCGAAUCUUCUUCGUGUGUAGUUAUGAUACAAAACGAAGUAAAGAAAGGGGUCUGUGAGAGGACGAGCGCGGAAAACAGUGAAAGUAGCGAUUCGCACGGUACAACUGUUGUGACAUUCUGGCAUUAGACUACAGCUUUCCACUGCGGAUUCCGAACACACAAGGUCGUAAAAGCCUUUUUACGCACCUACUCCCGGUACGAAGCGCGAGUCAAUUCGAUUCGCGAAUCCCUCGCCAACGCUCGUCCCGUCAAUAUACAUAUAUAAAUAUUUAGGAACGUCGUGAAAAGAUAUAUCGAGAGGAAGAAGCGAGGGAGAGAACACGACAACGAAAGAGAGGCGAA